AUGAGCAUAUCAGGCCAGUCGCUGCUGCUGGCGCCUAUGCCAUCCCAUCUCUCACCCCUCACUGACAUGCCGCACCCCCCCUCCCCCCUCCACCAGCUUCAAGGCGUUGUGCAACGGCAUGCUGAUGAGCAUAUCGGGCCAGUCGCUGCUGGCCCUGCUGGCAUGUCACAUGUGAUUCCAUCUCUCACCCUCACAUGCGCGGCACCCCCCUCCUUCCCCUCCCCCUCCCCUCCCCCUCCCCCAACCAGCUUCAAGGCGUUGUUCAACGGGAUGUUGAUGAGCAUAUCAGGCCAGUCGCUGCUGGCACUGCUGGACGCCGAGUCCGCCCUCGUGCAGUUCGUUGAGGUCGAGGGCCACGCCCUCAUCGCUUCUGCUCCACCUCCUUCCGCUGCUGCUGUUGCUGCUGCUGCUGCCGCUGCAGCUGCCUCUACUAGUAUUGCCACAACCACCGCUGGCGCCGAUGCCACUGCUGCUGAUGAUGGAGAUGCGUCUGGUGGUGGUCUUGAUGGGUCAUCUUCUAACAGUUCGGCUGUUCUAGCAUCCGCAUCUCUGGUCACGCGCACUCAGCGCAAGCCCCUCUCGUGGGGGCUGGACCGCAUAGACCAGCGCCCAGGCGCGCCUGCCCUGGAUGGCGCCUACUCCUAUCCCGCCUCUGCGGGUGCAGGCGUGCACGUCUAUGUGGUGGACACGGUGCGUUGCCAGCCAGGGCCACAGUCCUCGGUCCUUGCACUGGGGUCUGCACUGGUGGGGUCUGGAUUAGUUGGGGCGUGCGGCGUGCGGUGCUCCCACAGCGACUUUUACUUCUCAGACGGCCGAAUCAACCCCGCCACGCGCCGCCCUGCGUCUCGCUGCCUGCCGGGAGUGGACACGGUGGGGGAUGGGCGCGGGCAGGGCAUGGCGGACUGCAACGGCCAUGGCACCCACUGUGCUGGCACUGUAGCUGGACCUGUAAGCGGGGUGGCAAAGAGCGCCUUCAUCCACCCGGUGCGCACCAUGGCCUGCACCGUGGCUGGAUUAGUAAGCGGAGUAGCCAAGAGCGCGUUCAUCCACCCAGUGCGCACCAUGGCCUGCACGGUAGCAGGCCUGCUGAGCGGAGUAGCAAAGAGCGCGUUCAUCCAUCCAGUGCGCACCAUGGCCUGUGCGGGCAACGGGGCAUUCGGGGACAUCCUGGAGGGGUUGGACUGGAUCGCCCGCCACUACCAGGCGCCCGCUGUGGUCUCCAUGAGCAUCACCAUGGCCACCUCCGCUAGUCUUGAUGCUGCUCUCAAGGAACUUGUUGAGAAGACAGCCAUUACUGUGGUGGCAGCAGCAGGAAACUUCUUCUCGCUUGCAUGCAACUACUCACCAGCGGACAGUGAUGACGUGAUAGCAGUGGCAUCCAGCACCAGCUCUGAUACUAUGAGCUGGUUCUCCAACUACGGCUCCUGCACCGACAUCUUCGCACCAGGGGAUGAGAUUGUGAGUGCGGGGUCGGCAUCAGACACUGCAAUGGCAACCAUGUCCGGGACAUCCAUGGCAUGCCCGCACGUGUCAGGAGCAGCAGCUCUAUACCUGUCCAUGCAGCCGUCCGCCCGCCCCAGGGACGUGCGCAAGGCACUGUACGACACGGCGUACCAGAAGGCAGUGCAGGCAGUGAAGCCCAGCACGGUGCCGCGCCUGCUGUCCGUCAACUUCCGCCCCCUGCUCGUGGAUGUGGCCCCACGCUCCUUCCUCUCCAUGCUUGAGGGCGCCACUGCACGCAUCAAGGUGCUGCUGCUCAAGGCGCCUGGAGCCGAUGUGGUGUUUACUGCCUCAGCUGCUGAUGCCAGUGUUGCGUCCUUCUCGCCGCCACGCCUCACCUUCCCUGCGCGCCGCACACCAGCCGCACAAUACAUCACCAUCCAACUCGCCUACUCGCCCAAGUACCUGGAUCGAGCCACGCUGCUGGCCUUCACCUUCACCAGCAAGGACUCCGCCUUUGGGGCAUCCCUGGAAGGAUAUGCCGUGGCACUCGACAAAGAUGUGUGCAAGGCGCCGUGUGGGCAGAGUGUGGAGCAGCCCAAGGUGGUGCCGGCGCUGCCCUUCUAUUACGAGGAUGACAGCACGCACUACCGUGACCUGUACAACGCCAAGCUCGACAAGUGCCAUGACACGGGGCCUGAUGUGGUCUUCCAAUACACGCCACCCCAGAACAUGGUGGUGUCAGUGGACCUGUGCAGCCUUACCGAGUUUGACUCGGUCCUCAGCGCAUACGAGCGCACCAAGCCCGGAGCUAAGCCGGUAUCCAUCGCAUGCAACGACGACUCCUGUGGCACCAAGUCGAAGCUCUCAGGCCUCAUCCUCGCCAAGGGAACCACCUACUUCUUUAUGGUGGACGGGUGGGGAGGCACAGGGGGCAAGUUCGCAAUCAACAUGGUUGUCACCAAGGUGCUCAAGGCCCUCGACGCCAAGGCACCCCGUAACAAGGCGUUCCAGCCCAUCCGCUCCAAGGCAGUUAGCGCAAAUGCGCUCGCCUCUCUGCGAUCCAUGCCUGUGCCACCACAGUCUCACCAGCUUCAUCCGCUCCUCUCUCUGCCCAUCAAUCCCACCUCCUCCCACCCUUCCUCCUCCCACCCUACUUCUUCUGAGUCCGAUGGUGGCAAUGCUAAAAAAGGUGGCAGUGGUGCCCGUGCUGCGAAUCCCUCUUUCUCCUUCGCUUCGCCACGCCACCUCUCUCAUCCACCCCGCUUCAUCUACAUGAAUGGCAGUACUCCCAUGCCGCUCGCCCCCGCCAGUGGCCCUGGUGUGGGGGCGCGUGAUGAGGGCUCAGGUGCUGACGCCAAAGGCUCUUACCGCGUGCUGACAGGGCCCUGGGGAGAAUGCUCCGUGUCGUGCGGUGUGGGGCAGCAGCAGAGAAUGGCGUGGUGUGUGGACGCCCAGGGAAUGACGGCCCAAUCGCCUCUCGCCAGCUGUCCGCUGCUCCCUGCUGUGCCCACCACUCAGCCAUGCCAGCUGGCACCCUGCACACGCGGUUACUGGGACGUCACACAGUGGCAGGGCUGCAACGUGCCGUGCGGAGGGGGUGUGAACGUGCGGUCAGUGGUGUGUCGAGACGCCGUGCAGGGCAACAUGCUCGACGACUCCCGCUGCCCCUCUGCCCCCCCUUCCACCAACCAGUCCUGCAACACACAGCCAUGCUCUAUCCACAUCUGGAGAACUCGCAGCUGGUCCCCGUGCCAGUACUCCCUGACCCUAUUCCUUUCCGUUUCCUCUAGCCUCUCCUGUAUCUCACUUCCCUCACUCACCUCCCCCUCGCUCCCCUCCCUCACUCUCGCUUCUCUCUUACUCUCUUCGCCCUCCCUCUUUCCGUACAUCUCAGUGUGUGAGCAUGAGAGGCCAAUCAGUGCAGGACUCGUUCUGCUCCAGCUCAGUCUCAUAAUUCCUUCUGUUCCCUUGCCGUCUUCCCCACCCCCACCCCUUCAUCCAUGCAGCGGGGAGCAUGUGUGUGCAGGGAGGGAUGGAUGGGCAAUCAGUGCAGCGACCCUCACCCCUGUGGAGGCAGGCCCAACGGUUCAUGCUGUGAGAGUGGCCGAGUGGACGCCUGUGGAGUCUGCAAUGGCAAUGGAAGGUACGGGCGAGAAGGAAUGGGAGAGAGGUGAGCUCCUUCCCCCUUCCACUCCUGCUCCCGUCCCCCCGUCCACCUUCCUUUCACCCAGCGCCGUGGACGUAAGGGGAGACUGCUGCACAUCGGGUCUGAGGGACGACAUGGGCGUGUGCUGCCCCUCUGCUGUCUCGAACCCUGCUCUCAUCCUCCCCUUUGCCCCAUUCCCAUUCCCCCUUCUAUGCUUCCUUUCACCCAGUGCUGUGGACGUAAGGGGAGACUGCUGCACAUCGGGUCUGAGGGACGACAUGGGCGUGUGCUGCCCCUCUGCCCGCCUCGAUGCGUGCGGGCGAUGCGAUGGGGACGACACCUCCUGCGCGCUCCUCGCCACCGUUGCCAUGCGGGUACCGUUCUCGCAAUCAGUGGCCUCGCAUGCUCUCGAGCUUGCCUCCAGCACCGUCCAUCCCAGCUUGAAUGAUUAUGGCUCCCUCAACACCAGCACGGAUGGCGAUAGAGGCAAUACAAGUGCAGGCAGCAGCAGCAACCAUCACUUCAGCGACUUUGCUUCCGCCUUCACCAAUGGGAUGGCUGAGAUCCUGGACGUGCUACCACAAGCCAUCUCCUUCCUCUCAAUCACACCAGCGCCAUGCCUGCCGGACUUCCCAGGAGCUUCGUUUCCAAACCAGCUUUACACAGCCACCGAACCUAACUCCCAGGCUGGGCAGCCUAGGUCUGGGGUGGAGCAAUCAGACCAUGCGUGGGAGUGGGAGGGGGGGUGUGGGCAGCUGGAUGACACGAACAGCCCCAGAGGCAUUUCAGUGCAAUUCGUUGCGCAACCCCUCGCGGUGGGAUCCACAACACCCCGCAUGGCAGAGACCAGCUUCCGGGAGGCGCUGGUGCAGUAUGCUCAGGACAGCAUGCAACCCCCAACCACGCCAUUUCUGGGCGUCCCUGGGUCUUCCUUCAUCUCGCUGCUCUCAUCAACCCGCCUUGGCAUCUGUGGAAACAACAUAUUGCUGAGUCUUCUUGCUGCCCAGAAGACUGCCCAUUUGUUUCGCUGGCGUGUCCAGCUUCUGACGAUGGCCAUGGGAGAAACUCUGCAUGCUCUGGGUUUGGUCGGUGCCUCAACUUCACAGGCACAUGUGACUGCUUCUGGGGUAUGUAUGGAGAUGUGA